UUUUUAAUAACCUUUGACAUCUUUACGUACAUAAAAAAUGAAAACGAAGUUUCUUUGGUAAGCAGAGUUGUUAUGUAUGUAGUUGGCUUUCGGUUACGAUACUGUGAGAUAUAUACAUUGAAGACGGAAGACCAAUCUCUCAUAUUUCUCGUAAAGAUGUCGAAACUUCAAGAAAUUGUCACUUCAAACUGUGUUCCUAUUUUAAUCAGUCUCUUAACUAUUUUUGCGUUACUACUGUAUAAUUAUCUUCGUAAAACGUUCAAAAGAGAUCCACGACAUGUGAAAUUCGCCGAAACAUUGCCAGGUCCUCCAUGUUUACCUCUGAUAGGGAACGGGUUUGAUUUCUAUUAUGGAGGAAAACACGCAAUGAAAAAACUAAUGGAGUAUUCGGUGAACUACGGUGAAGUGUACAGAUUAUGGUUUGGAAAGCAUUUAACUGUUGGCUUAACAAAAGCUGAAGAUUUAGAGGAUGUUUUUAUGAAUUCAAAAAUGUUGGGAAAGCCAGAAUUAUUCAGACCAUUUCAAGAUUUUUGGGGCGAUGGGUUAUUUACGGGUCCAAUGCAUGUUUGGAAAAAGAAUAGAAAACGAUUCCAACCUAUUUUUGGAAAUAACAUAAUGGGUCUUUACACCCCGGAGUUUAAUGAUAAGAUUUAUGCAACUGUAAAUACCAUGAAGCAAUUGGUGAAUGGACUAGAAUUCGAUGCUUGGGACUAUUUACCAUAUUUAUCUUUCGAUGUUAUAACAAAAACAUCCUUAAACGUCGAAUUGGACCCUCACGAUAAGUCAGUAUUGAAAUUUCACGAAUGUGUCAAAAUAGGAAUGGAAACCAGUUUUUUGAAAAUGUUCCGACCAUGGUUGCAUAUUAAAUGGAUCAGAGAUUUAUUUUACAAAAAGCAAGUUGAAGAAGUCAGAGGAAGUAUGAUGCAAUUUUCUAAGCAGACGGUACGCGACAAAAUGGAUGAGAUUAAACAAGAUAUUAUUCAUCGUAAGAACAUAAAUCAAUCGCCUGAUGAAGUAAUAUCUCUAAAGUCGUUCCUAACAACUGCAUAUGAAUUACAAGAAGAAGCAAACAAUGAAACAUUAAUGCACGAUGAAAUAAUCACAAUGAUUACAGGAGGCACUGACACCACAGCAAUCACCAAUUCAUUUUUCGUAUUAGCUAUCGCUAUUCAUCAAGAUAUACAGAAUAAAUUAUACGACGAAAUUUUUGAAGUAUUUGGUGACAGCGAUCGAUAUGCAGAUCACGAUGAUAUCAAACGAUUACCCUACCUUGAUCAGGUAUUGAAAGAAACAUUACGAAGAUUCACUUUAGUUCCGGUUAUAUUCAGAGAUGUAGAAGAAGAUGGAAAAAUAGGUCAUCGAGUAUUCCCAGCUGGCACUACUCUUGCAAUAUCUCUCAUAGGUGUUCAUUUUAAUCCAGACUAUUACCCAAAUCCAUUCGAAUUUAAUCCAGAAAAUUUCAAUCCCGAACUUGUUGAGAAACGUCAUAAACUCACAUUUUUACCUUUCAGCGUUGGAGCAAGGAAUUGUAUCGGACAAAAUUAUGCUAUGUUGGAAAUGAAAUUGACGUUGAUCGCAUUGCUGAGACAUUUUAGCUUCCAUACAACAGUCAAAAUGGAAGAUGUAAAGAUGAACAUGGGUUUCUUGACGACGAGUCCCGAUGGAUACAAAAUUUCUAUUAAACAUAGGAUCAAAAAACCGUCGUAUUUACAGUAAUUUUAUCAUUGAUGCCGUUUCACUCAAAUGUAGGUAUUAUCUACAUUUUAUAAGGAUGGCUUCUACUUUGUAAACUUUUAGCGAUUCAAAUAAUUUUUAAAACCUAUGCAAUGUAUUGCUACUAUAUACGAUGACGAUUUUUUAUUGUUAAGUACAUACAUAGGUAUUUAAUUUUUUAUAUCUUCAACGUGUAAUCGUGAGUAGUAAAUCCAAUUUAUACAUAAGUGGGUGUAGAAUGAGGGAAACAUUAUCAUGUGAUCAGAAAGCAGCGAAUUUUCCUAUGUAGUAGAUUGUAUACCUAAUGUUUGCAAAAUGUACGCUAAUCUCAUAAGUAAUCUAAGUAGGUACUUUCGUAAAGGUAAUAAUCACUUAAAAUUCAUUUUUUAUUGGCCGAAUCUUUCCUUUUUACAAUAAUUAUACCUACGACUUAAUCUUAUCUACGAACCAACAAAGCACUUGUUCGAAAAUAAUAAAUUCGCAAUAUGAA